CUUUCCUUCAUGUGCUACCUGUGCAGAGCCCUGUGGGAGCCCCAGGCCAUGCUGCAUUUGUCAUAGAAUCAUAGAACGCCCUCAGCUGGAAGGGACUCACAGGAUCAUCAGAGUCCAGCUCUUUUGGCUGUGCAUCUGGAAGGGAACAACCUGCCUUAUCUGUCCUGUACAUCCAGCCACUGGUCAGAGACACCCAGUCACAAGAGGAGUGAGAUCUGCACUGGGAGAGGCUGUGCAGGAGACAAGUUUCCAGCUGCUUUUGCCACCGUGGUUCCUAAAGCUGCUGUGUUGCAGUGUUCCUGGCUCCACCUCUUUUCCCCAAGAUGCUGGGAAGGGUCCUGUGCACAGUGCUGUUCGUGGGAGCCCUCCCAUCCCCAGCUAGAGCAUCCCAGGGCCACAUCUCCGUGGUCUUGCUGGGAGCCACGGGUGAUUUGGCCAAGAAGUAUUUGUGGCAGGGUCUGUUCCAGCUCUACAUGGACCAAGUGAGCAGUGGCCACAGCUUCACAUUCCACGGAGCUGCCCUGGCAGCUCUGGAGCCAGGGCAGAGGCUGAUGUUUGACGUGCUGAGGAAGCUUUCCUGUCCCCCCGACGAGCCUCCCAACAGGUGUGCAGUGCUCAAGGACCAGUUCCUGAAGCUGAGCCAGUACCACCAGCUAAAGACUGCUGAAAACUACACAGCUCUGAACAGAGAGAUCCAGACCCUGCUCCGCCAGGAGGGGCUCAAGGAGUCCGGGAGGAUCUUCUACUUCUCAGUGCCACCCUUUGCCUACACGGAGAUCGCCCAGCACAUCAACAGCAGCUGCCGGCCCCCUGCUGGAGCCUGGCUGCGUGUGGUGCUGGAGAAGCCCUUUGGCCACGACCUGCAGUCGGCCCAGCAGCUGGCUGCACAGCUGGCAGGCUUCUUCAGGGAGGAGGAGAUGUACCGGGUGGACCAUUACCUGGGCAAGCAGGCUGUGGCCCAUAUCCUGCCUUUUCGGGAUCAGAACCGACAGUUUCUGGACCCAAUUUGGAACCGACAUCAUGUGGAAAGAGUGGAGGUUGUCUUGAAGGAGACUGUGGAUGCUAAAGGCCGCACCAGCUUCUACGAGCAGUACGGGGUGAUCCGGGACGUGCUGCAGAACCACCUCACCGAGGCCCUCGUGUUCCUCAUCAUGGAGCUCCCUGCCAACAUCAGCAGUGCCCAGGAGGUGGUGCAGCACAAGCUGAACGUGUUCCAGUCCCUGUGGGGCCUGGAGAGGAGCAGUGCUGUGCUGGGGCAGUACCAGGCCUAUGACAGCCAGGUGCAGGAGGAGCUGCAGGAGCCACGGGGCUACGUCAGCACCACACCGACCUUUGCAGGAGUGCUGAUCCACAGUGGCAGCCCACGAUGGGAAGGGGUCCCUUUCCUGCUCACCUCCGGGAAGGCUCUGGAUGAGCGGGUGGGCUACGCCCGUGUCCUCUUCAAGAACAGGGCCUACUGCCCUCAGAGUGGCACUCUGAGGGAUGCAGGGCACAGCCAGUGCAAACCCAAGCAGAUCAUCUUCUACUUCGGGCACGGUGCGCUCAGCACCCCUGCAGUGCUGGUGAGCAGGAACCUCUUCCAGCCUCUCAUGCCCAAAGACAGCUGGAAAGAAGCAGAGGCUCGGUCAGACCUGCACAUCUUUGGACAGCCACUCUCUGAUUUCUACAUGUACAGCCCUGUGAAAGAGAGAGAUGCAUAUUCUGUCCUCAUCUCCAACAUCUACCAUGGCAGGAAGGAUUUCUUCAUCACCACGGAGAGCCUGCUGGCCUCCUGGGCCUUCUGGACGCCCCUGCUGGACAGCACCUCCCGCCAGCCCCCACGCCUCUACCCCGGGGGUGUGGAGAACCAGCAGCUCCUGGAUUUUGAAAUGGUGGGUGGGGGACUGGCGUUCACCCUGGCAGAGCCAGCGGAGCUGCUGAACCCCGGUGGGCAGAUGCCAAGUGAUUUCAGGGCCAUCCAGUCCAAAUUCCGGCAGAGUCCCCUGGUGUCGGCGUGGACCGAGGAGCUGAUUUCCCAGCUGGCAUCAGACAUGGAGGAGGCAGCGGUGAGCAGCGUGGCUCGCUCGGGGCAGUUCCACCUGGCCCUGUCGGGCGGCUCCAGCCCCGUGGGGCUGUUCCAGAGGCUGGCCAGGCACCACUACGGCUUCCCCUGGCAGCACAGCCACGUGUGGCUGGUGGACGAGCGCUGCGUGCCCCUGACCGACAGCGAGUCCAACUUCCAGGGGCUGCACAGGCACCUCCUGCAGCACGUCAGGGUGCCCUACUUCAACAUCCACCCCAUGCCCGUGCACCUCAACCGGCGCCUCUGCGUGGAGGAGGAUGGCGGUGCCCAGCUCUAUGCCAAGGACAUUGUGGCCCUGGUGGCCAACGCCAGCUUUGACCUGGUGCUGCUGGGGGUGGGCACGGACGGGCACACGGCCUCGCUCUUCCCCCGCUCCCAAAAUGGCCUGGAAGGGGCUCCCAGCGUGGUGCUGACUGAGAGCCCUGUCAAGCCUCACCAGAGGAUGAGCCUCAGCCUGCCCCUCAUCAACAGGGCCAGGCAGGUGUUUGUCCUGGUGUUGGGCAAGGGCAAGCACGACAUCACCACCCUGCUGAGCAGAGUGGGCCACGAGCCCAGCAAGUGGCCGAUCUCGGGAGUCAGCCCCAGCUCUGGCCAGCUGGUCUGGUACAUGGAUUAUGAAGCUCUGCUGGGGUGAUGACUUCACAGUGUCCCUCCUCCCUUGUCUGCGUGGCCUUUACAGCUUGGAUUUUCCUACACAGCGUUCCUCUGUUGCCAGCAGUGGCUUCAUUCCUUCACCUCCAGUCCUCUGGGGGAUCUGUGGCCUGCAGCACCUCUGACAUUUGA